CAGGACAUCUCCGUUCUUGGGUUGGACAUCACUGGAGAAAAUCGACUUAACAUGCUGCCCUGUUUGUCGAUGUUCGUAGCUUUGGUCUGCAUUUAGGGUAUAAACAGAUAAAGUUAUAAUGGCGGACCGAGGUGCCGAUGAGGAUAACCUCGUGGGAGAAGACGAAAUUGUGACGACACCGGAAAUGCAAAUACCGGCAGAUCCAUCCGAGACUGAUGGCGACCAAAACUUGACAGGAGACAAUGACAACAACGAUCCCCAAGAUAAAUGUGGAAGUGAAGACAUUAACGAAGUCCAAAAUGGCAGUGACACACAAAUUGAGGUCCGGGAGCAAAAUGGUGAAGGUACCAAAGACGACGGCGAUAACCAAGAUGGUAAUGCUAAGCUAAAUGACAAUCGAGGGAAUGACUAUCAAGAAAAUGGCGAUGUGGUUAGUCAAGAAGGAAUUAACAACAAAGAUAGUGGAUUAAAUCAAAAUGGGGAUUCGUCCACGUCUCUGCCAUCGCCGACAGACGAAGACAAGAAAAGUGAUGAUAGUGGUAAAAGGGUACUCAAUGAAGCGCUAAAUGAUAUUGGCCGUACGAAGGAAACUGUAGACGAAAAUAGACUCGGUGAAUUGUCUCUUACGACAGGACAGCCAAUGGACAAUGUAGAUGUCACAGAAGACACGCAAAGCAAAGAAGAACUCGGAAUCUCUAGUGAUCCAGAGCAGAAAACGGUGUUUCCAUCCAUUGUUCCCGAUGUUAACAAGCUUGGUAAUGCCAGUGACGGACAACAAAUAAUUCCUGCUAAAACUGUUGACAUAGCAUCCAAAGAUCCGGACUCAACAAAACUACCAACAAACAAAGGGGACAUAGCGCCUGCUCUUAACACUUCUUUACCGUUACUGACGCCGGGGAAGCCUUUUAUCGGCGCAAUCCCCGCAAGUGAUGUCAUUUAUUCCCCACGUGAUAGCGUCACCGGCUCACGGACCAGGGUACCGCCAAAGUUUAUGCGCAUGUCAACUGUAGCUAUGAUCAACAGCUCACCAAGGCCGAUAACUCGUGAGAGCACCGUAAGCAGUGAUACUCUAAGGCGACCCUGCAGAGGGGUAACAUGGUCAGAGGCCACGAAUUCCCGUCCCCCGCUGAGGAUAGACCUGGAAGGCCCGACCCCCUGUACCUACUCACCCCGGAAUAAACCCUUGGGAGAGACCAACGCCCCAUCCUAUAGCUUUGGGAUGAAGUGUCAGCCAGAAAAAAAUGGCGGCGGCAGGACGUCGUGGUGGAAGGCUUGGUUCCAGACGCCUCAUGUUUGGCUAAACAAGGUUGACUUUCUUCGGGAUCGAGCGUGGCCGACUCCGUCUCUGUACGAAAACCAAUCUCCUAUUGGGUCAAGACAAGCGUCCAAGCCCUCUGCCACAGCGUUCACCAUUCCAGAAAAGAAGAGCUCAAAGAUCAGAUUUCCGGGGGUGCUAGAGACGCCCUCGCCCAGUCACUACAGUCGAGAGUUCGCAGACGGACAAACGUUACGGAGAAGCUCUUCUUUCACCCACGGGCAGAGAAGAGGAGGUACAAUCCCAUGGCCGGUCACAGAGCUGACGCCUGGCCCCGGGCAGUACGAUUCCACCAGUGCCCCCCGCCACGCCUGCCCCGCCUUCACCAUUCAGGGGCUCAGACGGGAAAAGUCCUUCUCACUCGGACCUUUCUCAACAUUUUGA